AUUGGAUACUUUUAAUCUGUUUUGUUCUGUCCUAACGAUCAGUCAAUUAGUAGUGAAAGAUCAGAGGUGUCAAAGUGUUAUCUAAAAUGCGGCAUUUUCUAAUUUUCGCUGUUCUGCUUGAUGUGCUGCAGCUGCAAUGUAUGGCCUUGUCUUUCUUUAAUCUGCACUCCCUGCUCGACAAAUUUAUUAAGGAAGGAGCGCAGGCAUUUCAAUCGAAUGCCGAGACCACGUCAGAGACGAAGAACGAGAUCGUGGUGGUGGAUAUUUUACUCAAGCUGUGCCAAUUAGAGCUGACGAAUAGAAAAAUAGAAGCUGGUCAUGGAAAAAACAUCAACAAUAACAUAAAUAAUAUCAAUAACGUUAUUGAAAGCCCAACGAUCCAACAGCCGCCCAUUACCAUUAUUAUAAUGAACAAUGAUGCGGAUUCUCGGCCCUACAAGAGAAGAGGGAGACUUCAUACUUUAAGGAGAAAAUAUAAAUGGCAGAGAGAAUACCGUUUUGUUAUCGAGAACGAUAACAAGAGCGAUAACUCUCCAAAUGCACAAAAAACGAACAGAAAUCGUAACGGGAAGCAUCAUCGUCGAGCCAAUUACCGAAGCGAGCAUCUUUCAGCCCGCACGGAUAUUGCUAAGGAGAAUGCAACUGUAGAUGCCGAUGUAACAGAAUGUAUACGUACGAAAGUCGAGGAACUGGAAAAAAAAUUCCUUAAUCAAGUGUUUAAGAUAUGAGACUGUGCAUGCCAAUGUACAUAAUUGAACAUACUGUGACAAAUAAAAUUGCAAUUAAA